AUGCGAAGGAUGAAAUUUACCUCUGCUUCCAAAUGCCCACCUGAGGAGGUGGGCUGCCUCCACCAGCUGACCAUGGCUGUCCAGUCUGUGUCCUUCAUGGUUGGCAUAGUGGUCAAUGGGCUGGCGCUCUGGAUGACCACUUUCCACAUGGCCUGCUCUGUCACCACCGUCUGGUUCUUCAACCUGGCCCUUGCCAACUUCACUGUCUUCCUGUCUCUGCCCAUUGCCAUAUAUAGCACAGCCGCCGGCCAGUGGCCCUUCAACGACUCGGCCUGGAAGCUCUACCUGCCCUUCCCAGCCCUCAUUUUCUUAACCAAUCUCCUCCUGGUCCUCCUCUCUGUGGACCGUUGCAUCUCUGUCCUCUACCCCAUCUGGGCUCUAAAUCACCACAGUGUGCAGCACACCUCCUGGCUGGCCGUCGGCGUGUGGCUCCUGGCUGCCAUCACGUGCUCUCUGUACCUGAAAUUUCUGACCAUUGGAAAGUGGGAAGGAUGUGUCUGCUGCUCCUUCAAGUUUGACAUAGAGAAUGAGGGGAGGGAGAACUCCCAGGAUUGGAGGCGAGUGGCUGUGGAGAGGCACUUGGCAGUGACCAUCAUUCACUUCCUGCUGGGCUUCUUGGUGCCCCUGGUGAUCAUCAGCACCUGUGCCCACCUCAUCCGCACCAAGCUCCGGCAGGAGGGCUGGGUCCAGGCCGGCCAGCUGAAGAGGUUGCUGCUGCUGGUGUUGGUUAGUGCCUUCUUCAUCUUCUGGUUUCCGUUUAACAUGCCGCUUUUGGUCCAAUUGGGGUGAUUUUUGAUGCUAAGGAAAUCUCAUCACCCCACGAUGCUGCUCAUCCUCUGGGCUACCUUCUCCUUGGGCUGUUUCAACAGCUGCCUCAACCCUUUCCUCUAAGUCUUCAUUGGCAGAGAUUUCCAAGAGAAGUUUUUCCAGUCUUUGCCUUCUGCCCUGGCCAGGGCAUUUGGUGAGGAAGGGUUUCUCAGCGCCUGUCCCCGAGGUGAAGCCCCCAGGGGCGCCAGCCACGGCCUGGUGAUCCGAGCGGGCUGGCCUCUCCUGCCUCCCCCUCUGGUGGCCGCCUGGUUUGGCCACCAGGCCGCGGCCGAUGUUGCCUUCAUAGUCCUCCUGCCGCUGACCCUGACCUGGACACACUCCGGCUGGCCCCUGGGCGGCAUCUUCCGCCACCUGGACCCCGGUCUCGUCUUCCUGAACUUCUUCGCCAGCGGCGGCCCACCGCUGCACCUCGGAGCUCCGGCCCGCCUGGGCGCUGGACCACCAUGCAGCCUGCAAGGCGGUUCCCUGGGUUGGCAAGUGCUGGUCCUGGGCGCCCCAGCCCUGCAAACCCUGGCCGACCAAGGGAGCAGGGCCGACCCUCAUAGCCGGACGCCCGCGGGGGAGCUGCCACCGCGCUCCUCCAGCCCGCCACUGAGUCAGCUCGUGUUUGGUUUUGGGGUGCCCCUGUGGGUGCUGAGCGCCCUUCACAGCCUCCCGAGGGCCAGGCUGCAGCUGGCGACGCUCACGGGGAGGCCCAGCUGCUGGGGGGGCCGUGUUUUCCUCUGCUGA